UCCAUAACACGCGUCUAAAGUUACAUUAACAGCUGCAUAUAGUAUAUAGUACAAAGAGUGCAUAACAAACUGAGAAUGUGAGAAAAACAUAGUGCAUAAUAAACUGAGAAGGGGAAACAUAGCCCGUAUACUGCAUUGCAAAAAGUUUAGACUGGUCUAGCGUUAUCUGGCCUGCAACCUAAAGUCCGAAACACACCAAUGAAUAUUCCUGGAAUAGUAACCAUAGUACAGCUAAUUAUCGAUUGUUAAAGGUUGGGCAUGCUGACACGUCUGUCCUUAUCCCGGGAAGUACUCAGAUGGAGCAGAAGGCUGGCUAAAGUACAUUUUCUACAGCCGGCAACACCGCCCGAAGUCACGGUAAUCUGCCGCUCCACGAUGGGGGAUCCCGUGAAACCAGUGCCUUUCCUAGAUGUGCGAAUACAGGAACAUGAUCUCCAUAGCGGAAUUCAGACCCUGCUAAAUAAACUUCGGCCCUGCUGGGAACUGAACAGCAUAAAAAUGAAGUUUUUUACAGAUGGAAUCACUAACAAAUUGCUUGGUUGUUACACUGACGAAUCGAUGGAGGAUGUCAUUCUAGUUAGAGUGUACGGAAAUAUGACAGAGCUAUUUGUAGAUCGGGAAAAUGAAGUGAAAAGUUUUCAAGUACUUCAUGCCCAUGGCUGUGCUCCAGAACUGUACUGUACCUUUCAAAAUGGCAUUUGUUAUCAGUUUGUCAAAGGAACUGUGUUGGAUAAAUGGCUGGUCAGAGAGCCUUCUAUAUACAGAUUAGUUGCAAAGGAGAUGGCCAGAAUUCAUUCUAUUAAACCUGAACAGAAAUUACCUCUUAAACCUGUUAUCUGGAAAAAGUUGUCUAGCUACAUGAAUUUACUUGAGGGUGCCUUUGAUGCAUCACCUGAGAGACAAUCCAUCUAUGUGAAUGAGGUUCCAGCAUUUGACAUUCUGUCUAAGGAAAUUGAGGCCUUGAAGAAUCACCUCUCUAACCUGAAGUCCCCAGUGGUGUUAUGCCACAAUGAUCUUCUGUGCAAAAACAUCAUCUACAAUGAAUGGAAGGGAUUCGUUAGAUUCAUUGACUAUGAAUAUACAGGGUAUAAUUACCAAGCAUAUGACAUCGGCUGCCAUUUUAAUGAAUUUGCAGGUGUAAGUGAUGUUGACUACACGCUUUGUCCAUCAGAAGAGAUGCAGUAUGACUGGCUUAAGACGUACUUAGAGACUUACAGAGAGUGCAACAGCGUGGAAGGUGCAGUCAGUGAAGCGGAAAUACAAACACUUUAUGUACAAGUUAACAAGUUUGGAAUGGCUUCACACUUUUCUUGGGGCCUCUGGGCUCUUCUCCAGGCCAGAUACUCAACUAUUGACUUUGAUUUCCUGAGGUAUGCCGCAGCACGUUUCAAGCAGUAUUUCAAGAAAAAGGAUGAAAUCUGGGCUAUGAAGCUUCCUUAAGGAAUAAUCUGAAUGAAGCUAAUAUACUGCCAAGAAACCUACAAAAUACUUUUAUAGAUUUUGUAACACCUGCAUAUUUUUCACUAGUGUCACAUAUGCAGAUUAUGGACUUGGCUGAUAAGAUUUCACAAUUUAGUUUUGCUUUUUUUUUUUUUUUUUUGUGGAAGCACUGCAGAGAGGCUGGCUGUAUACAGUACAUCAAGCACGGUUGAUACAUCGUCUCUACCACAUCACAAAGACAUAUACCUCAGUAGCUAAAACAUUAUGCUUUGUUAUUCAGAUGUUCUUCUGUAUGCCAUGACUACUAAUUUCAACUGUUGGGAAAAUUUAUCUGCUUCUAAAUUCCUUGAUCUAUUGUAACUUGCACUAAGUCAGUAAACUGGCUAAACACAUAGCUUGGGAGAAUUCAGUUCCAUUAGACUAGUGACUUUUAUCAUUGCAUAUUAAGUCGCAUGUAGAAGAGGAUUCCAAGUGACGUGGGCAGCUGUUUAGAGUGUGACUGUAAAAUUAUGGCCAUGUUUUUUCUUCACUGUUUUCUGAACAGCUAAGUAGAAAUUCCUUCAUCUUUUUCCACAGAUGUAACAGAUUUUCUAGUGAAAAACAAGAGACCUUCCUUCUUCACAGCUAAAGGAAGCAUCUGUUAGCGCUUUAUUUCUUCCACUCAGUCUGACUCUUUGAUGACAUCUUUCAUUCAAAAUGUUGGUCCAAGCAAAUGGAAAUCCAGUUGUUCCUGUGAACCGGCUUAGAGAAAAAGCAAAAUUAAAUAGGCUGGUUACUAUUAAGUUUUUGAAAAUUCAAGUUUAAGUACAGCAAGGGCUUCAUCAAAUUUGUAUUAUCUAAAAUAAAUGUAAUUUAUCCAGGUCUAAGCUAGAACAAAUAUUAUGAACCAAAAUACUAGAAGGUGGCAUAAUUAUUUCUUUGAGCAGUAACAUAGAGGUAGCAUGUACUGAAAUUAUAAAUCAUUAUAAUCUAAGGAUGAAAACUAUGGAGGAAGUCUAUAUAUAAAUUAAGAUAUAUUACAGCUACAGUAGGAGCCAAAUCCAUAGACAUUUCUCUUGUAAUAAUAGAAAAUCAAACCAUACUCAUACAGAAUACUAAGUAAAGCACAGUAUAGAAUGAUUAUGCACUUAUUGAAGUAUAAUGCAAAGCUCAGUGGCACUGGUUAAGAAAAUUUUAAUUUCUACAAGCUGUUUUAAUCUGUACAUAUAUAAUAUGAUUCCAUAAUAUACACAAACUCAUGUGCACACACUUAUUGUAAAAUGGAUGGACAGUAAGCUACAUAUGUCCUCUAUUAUAGUAACAUCUCAUUUAAGCAACACAUUAAUCAUCUAGGACAAAUUUCAGCAUACAGUGAAUUGUUGGGAUCAGAAAAAUAAAACCCUGCAACUUACAAAUAAAGGCUCUGUCCUUUGACAUCUUAUUUGUUCACAGUAUUGAGAGCAAAAUGUGUUCAGUAUAGAGAAAAUUUUAAUCAUUCAGAAUUCUGCACUUAACAGUUCAGAAAAUGAAGUUGUCCCUCUGCACUUUUUAUAUUAUUUUCCUCUGGUAAUAAAAUGAUGGUACUUAAUAACUAAUUGACAACCUAAAAGGACAAACAAGGAAUAGCACUAAAGUCAUUUCAUAGAAUGACAUUUCUGUCCAUUAAAGAAAACAAGAAAAAGCAAUUUUCUCUAACCAACCACAUGAAUAAUGCUUUUACUCUAAUGGAAUUACAUACUGUGUAAUGCAUUUAACUUUGGUAAAGUUUGUCUGAUAAGAUGGAAUGGGACAAACAUGGACCAGGUUCAGGUAACAAAUUUACUCUUGAGCCAAAUAUAUAAUGCCAGUUUUCCAGCAUUUCCUGUGUUAAGUAGAUAAACAAUCCUACCUAGUAAUGGGAACUGUGGAGGGUUUUGUUAAUAAAAAAUUUACUGUGUAAAAAAUGUGGAAUUAUAUGGAAAGGUAACAUCAGGUAUGUCCAUCGUGAACCACUUGUUCAUUAGGGGAUUAUUUUACACAAGUGUCAUCUUGUCAGUGAUGAAAUGAAUGCAUGCUGUUCAUUUUUGUGUGUUUAUUAUUCACACGUGUGUACUCCAGUGUACAUGCACUCACGCACACACACACACACACACACACACACACACACACACACACACACACACACACACACACACACAAACACACACCCUUGUACGUGAAUGAAUAUGUGUGAUUCAGAAAAUGAACCUAUUAAGCAAUCGCUUGUGCUGAUUAAGAACUGUUAUGUAAUGCCACAAAAAAUGGUUAGUGUGGACUCUUACUUUUUAAAAUAUGAACACUAAUUAGAUCUUGAAGGCCAAGCCAUAGCAUUCUUAUUACAAUGUGGUCGUUUUGCAGACUGCUGUCUCAGAUUUGCUUAUAGUAAGCUUUCAGAGUACAGACGAGCUGGAGAACAUUAUUUUCUGAAGGAAUCAAUUACAGCACUGUCUGGAAGAAACAACUUCUCACUGACUUUUAACAAAAUGUAAAACUGAAGAUCCCAUAAGUUUUUGUUUAGGAAGUUGGCUAACUGAUUAAUAGGCUUUAGCCACAUUGAAAGAAACAUAAACUUAUUUGGCAAAUUAAGCCACUUUUAAAGCCAACAUCCUGUAAUUGUUUCCUCAUUUGGCCUGGCAGCUGUAGUGAAAAUAAUAAAGAAAAUGUAUAUCAUUAAACGCUAAAUCAAAACUGUGUUAAACAGAAGGUAGAAAAACAUGGAGUUCUCAUUUUAAUUGUCUUAAAUGCAUUUUCAAACCAGUCAUGGCUGCUGGUUAUUUUGCUCUUGAGAUUUCUAAGCUAUAAUUUUCAGUAAUGAACACAACCCAGAAGUGUAGUGGUUAUGACCUGUGUUUCAGAAAUGUGUGGGUUAGAAUUACACUAGAAGUAGAAAAGCUGGGCAGAUCAUUUGACCUUAUUACCCUGCUAAUACUCGUUACUUCCUCUGUAUGUACAGCAUUUAAAGAAAACUGUCAUCAAAAUACAAAAUAAAUUUAUGUAUGAAAGGCAUCUUUACAAAAUAUGUUUUUUUUUGUAAUGCUGGUAUGUUUUGAGGGAAUAAAGUAUAUAUACUUUAAGGAC